CAAGUAGAAGUUAUAAAGCCCCGUCUUCCUCCUUCGUCCAUUUCCCUUAAACCCUAAACCCCUCUUUUUCUCUCUCUCUAUCUCUACCAAAUGGGAAGCAACCAAGCAGCAGUGUCCUUCCUAAACAACAUCGCCCGCGCGGCCUUCGGCUUCGGCGCCGCCGCUACAAUCCUCAACUCCUCCCUCUACACCGUCGAUGGCGGACAACGCGCCGUCCUCUUCGACCGUUUCCGCGGCAUCCUCGACGAAACCGUCGGCGAGGGAACACACUUCCUCAUCCCAUGGGUCCAAAAGCCUUACAUAUUCGACAUCCGCACGCGCCCACACACCUUCUCCUCAGUCUCCGGCACAAAGGACCUUCAAAUGGUGAACCUCACCCUCCGCGUCCUCUCCCGCCCGGACACCGACCGCCUCCCCCUCAUCGUACAAAACCUCGGACUCGAGUACGAUGAGAAGGUCCUCCCUUCGAUCGGCAAUGAGGUUCUCAAGGCCGUCGUGGCGCAAUUCAACGCCGAUCAGCUCCUCACGGAGCGGCCGCAAGUCUCUGCGCUCGUUCGCGAGAGCCUUGUUCGGAGAGCCAAGGAUUUCAACAUUGUCCUCGAUGAUGUGGCAAUUACUCAUUUGUCUUAUGGGAUGGAGUUUUCGAGGGCCGUUGAACAGAAGCAGGUGGCGCAGCAGGAGGCUGAGAGGUCCAAGUUCGUUGUGAUGAAGGCUGAGCAGGAGCGCCGCGCCGCGAUCAUUCGCGCCGAGGGAGAGAGUGAUGCUGCCAAGCUGAUUUCCGAUGCAACUGCUUCGGCUGGUAAUGGGUUGAUUGAGCUUAGGAGGAUUGAGGCUUCAAGGGAAGUGGCGGCCACGUUGGCUAAGUCCCCUAACGUGUCUUACCUUCCUGGUGGAAAGAACUUGCUUAUGGCUCUUAAUCCUUCCCGUUGAUGAUGGUAAUUGGGCUCCAUGAUACGGUGUCAUAGCAUGCUUGGAUCAUUGUCUUGAGGUUCUCCUUUGUUGGAAAUAAGUUUAUUGUUUUUUAUUUUGUAGACUCUGUCUCAUCUGAGCACAAUGUCAUAAUAUUUUUUUAAAAGAAAGAGUUUUAAAUGAUUUUGGACCUUCAUGUUUGAUGAUAAGUAAGCCUUUUUAGUUGCGGAGUAAUAACUACUUGCAAAGUAUAUAAGGUGAGAGAUGAAAUGGGAUCAUUUGCUUGCAUGGUUAAUGCAGGUCCUUUUUUCAUCAAUUUACCCAAAAGUGUUU